GUUGUUUUAUUAUAAUCUGGGAAGAUCUUGUUUGGAAAAAUAUAAAUUUCCGUUGUUGUACUUUCGAGUUACGUUACAUCAAUUUCUUAACACCCUUAACACCCUGUGCAAACUUGUUGUUACUCUAAUACAAUUUACACUCGAUCUCACUUAGCAUUUUUCGUCCUUCUCAUUUUCCCGGAUUUUGAAUACCUCCAUUUGAUCCAUCAUUUGGUGCUUUCCUUGAGAGAAGAACAAGUGUGAUGUUGUUAUCGCUCAGCAUGAGGCAUCAGCGGAAACUACAACUACCUUCGGUAUCCGGAGAGACGCUAAGGCAAGCAGGUGGCACCAGCGACUGCGGAUCUACGCAGCCAGAUCCAAUGAAAUUCCGUAGAUCUCCUCUAUCAACUGUCCCAAAAUCGCGAUGCAGCGGCAAUACCGUCCGCCCAAGUGAUGCCGCAAAUUCAGAAUUUUUUGAUUGCGGAUCCUUCUGCGGCUAUUGGCACCCUCACCUUGAGAGAAGAACAUGCGUGAUGCUGUUGUCGCAUCAGCAGAAACUACGACUACCUCCGAUAUCCGGAGAGACGCUAAGGCAAGCAGGUGGAACUAACGACUUCGGAUCUACGCAGCCAGAUCCAACGAAGUUCCGUAGAUCUCCUCUAACAACUGUCCCAAAAUCACGAUGCAGUGGCAAUACUGUCUGCCCAAGUGAUGCCGCAAAUUCAGAAUUUUUUGAUUGCGGAUCCUUUUCUGCGGCGGUUGGCGCUCAUCUCAGGAUUGCAACAAAUACUGCCAACACUGCAAUCCCAACCGGAAACAAGAGCGACGAACAAUGCCGUAGGACCAAUUUCUCCGGUGGCCUCUAGGUCACGAUCUUUGAGGGUGGGCUCCAUAGAGGCAUGAUGGGUUGUUGAAGAGCCCAUUGAAAUGGUUUGUCCACCUUCCCCACACGGCCAACAGCCAGCGCCGGUGGCCACUACAGCCCCGGGCGACGCUGAGGACUCGUUCUCCGCCUACUGAAUAUGCACGAAUUGUCUGGUCUUUAACAGUUGUUUAUUCACAAAUUUGAACACCCGCGACUACCACCCAUGUCGAAUCCUUGUUUUGUGUUGAUGGUCUUGAAAUAAAUGUUCUACAAGCAGGCUAAGUAAAAUAAUACUCCGUAGUUCUUCCCUUUCCCUAACCCAAUUCCCUACACACAAAUAAGGCAAUCACUUGACACAGAAAUGCUUCCACCUGCGCGCCAAGUGGUCUAUUUCUUCUUCACUGUCGAUGCCUGUAACAUGUUCGAUAAAAUUUCAAAGAACUCUAUCCUUCACAAUCUAGGGUUUUUAUGUUCAUUAUUAGGUAUCGCAAAUUCACAUCACAAGAAUCUUCAGCAACCAGUAAAAAGGACAAACAAGACAGUAAAAUAUACUAGUAUACCAUAUAAAAAGAAUCGCCCAAAGAGUGUUUUGAAAAAGAUAGUUUAAGGCGCACACGAACAGAAUAGGGCUCAGAUCUGUGUAUGAUCGGCAGCGAGAAGGAGGGGCACCGCCAUGGCUGCAAACACAACAGUUGCAGCGUGAGAAUCACGUGCCGUCCGCGUGCUGCCAUGCCAAGAUACGGGCCGGGUUAUCUCGAUACCAGAUCUAUCAGCUCAGGAGGAGCAGUCAAUACAAAAUAUCAUCACCGCCCCCUUUCAACCGUAUCGCCGCUCGAUUCAUCACCACCCCCACCGCCCGCACCACCACAGAAGAUGAAUUUGCAUGACAGAAUGAGUAUAUAUAUACGUAGUAUGUAUGUAUGUAUGGAUGGAUACAGAUAAAGAGACAGAGAAAGAUCAGAGAGAGCAAUAUGUAACAGUCUGAAGCUCAUUCUUUCUCAAAAGAAGGAAAAGAAGAAAACAGCAGAAGAGGGCUGUUGGUUUUUUGGGUGUGAGAAUCAUAGGGCUCGCGGAGAGAGGGCAACCACCCUCAAGAAAAUCCCAUUCUCGUCUCUCUCUCUCCAGCCUCAUUUCCUCCUGAGCAUUUUCUUUUACACCUAUCCACCUUCUGAUGUUCUAUCCCCUGUUU